CGACGCGAGACGAGCGCUCGGCCGACAGACGCGUCCGCGACACCGUGCUGCGUGGUCACCGUUACGCUCAGUCCGCCGAAAAGCGAGCCGGAGUCUCGCCGAGAGGAUCAUCGACGCCUCUCCCCUCGGGCGCUCGCGCGUGCAUACGUGCUCCGACGACCGUACUCGCUCGGACCGCGCGGAUUCUCGCGGCUGCGAUAACGUAAUUGGACGGACUUCCGGAGCUCCGUCCCGGUGCCUCGUGGGAAUACAGUCGGGAGUGCGACUUGGACUACACGGCGGCGAGUGCGAUUCGCGCCGACACGCCACAGUCGGAGGAUAAUACUCGAGUGUUGUGCGCCCCCCGACAGAGGGAUAAUACCGUGAGAUCGUUGAGAUCGAGUGUGAGUGCGCGCGCGCGCGCGCCACGGAGUGAGGAUUUACCUGUGUGUUGCUUGGAGUCGCGCGGGAGCACCUGCGGGAUCGACGCCGACGGGCUCUCUCUCUCUGCUCGGCGUCUCGCGCGAUCUCGCUACGGAUAUGUGGAGGUACGAGACGGUGCGCUUGAAAAGUGCCGCGUGCGCGCUGGCCUAGCUCCGUCUCGUCACGGAGUACUCGUUUCACGCACGCUCCGCGCGUUCCUCUCGACACCUGCCGCCGACGGCGGGGGAAAAACCGCGCGGCGGACCUGGGACAUGCCGAGUCGCGCCGUCGCGCGCGAUCGCUGACCGUGCGUGCCGACGGCGUCGGGCCGCCGCGGAUCACCCGAGGAGGACGUCACCGAUGAACCACCCGGCGGGCUGCGCCCCCGACGAGAGAAACGCUGGCUGGCUCCAUGGGACCGGCGCCACUUGGGACACCGUCGACAACAGCGCGCCGAGUGACGCGGCUUAAGUGCGAUCGCCCGGACCUUCUGCCCUCGCGCGCCGAGGAUCGCCGUGGCUCGUCGCACCGGACGCUCCGGGACUCGCCGGCAGCCGCGAUGACGGCGUGAGCGCGGCGCGCCAAGUGCCCAAGGAUCGCCCCCGCGAGAGGAGGUGGAGGAAGCGACGGAUCGCCGGGAUACGCCGGGCAAGAGGAAUAUACCUAGGCUAAAGUGGAGUGUGGAUGUGGUGGAGGUGCGACAACAGUGGUGGAAGAAGUAGGUGGUUGUGGACGACCGCGACGGGGGGUCGCGGGCGAAGUGCUACCCGGGUGCUGUGCCUCGCGGUUCGCGCUCGUCGUCGUCGUUGACCGAGCACGGCCGGCCUGAGUGACGGUGCCAAAGUCCCGUCGUCUGUCGUCGUUGUUACCAUGGUUUCCACGUCCUUCGUGACCCUGGUGUUCCUCGUGUGCCUGCAAACGGUGCUACUGUCGACUGUGAGCAACUGCGCCAAGACGAUCAGCAUGUACUGGAACACCACGAAUUCCAUAUUUCGAAUAGACAACACAGAUCACAUAAUUGACGUGAACAAAAACAACGCAAUGUUCGAGUACGAUCAAGUUAAUAUAAUAUGUCCUGUGUAUCCGCCGGACUCGUACGUCGAUGACGAUGCUGAGAAGUACAUCAUCUACAACGUGUCCAAGGAGGAGUACGAGACAUGUCGGAUAACGAACCCGAGUCCGCGGGUAAUAGCGGUGUGCGACAAGCCGCGCAAAACGAUGUACUUCACCAUCACGUUCAGGCCGUUCACGCCGCAACCCGGGGGCCUCGAGUUCCUCCCGGGCCACGAUUACUACUUCAUCAGCACCUCGUCCAAGGACGAUCUCCACAGGCGCAUCGGCGGACGGUGCACCAGCAACAACAUGAAGGUCGUCUUCAAGGUCUGCUGCGGCAACGACGCCGAGACCUCGUCGGCGACAUCGCGCAACAACUCCGUAGCCGUGACCAGCAGCACCGUGUCCAGCAGCAGCUCGACGAGCACCGCGGUUUUGGGCGGCGGAGCCGCCGGCCUGCCGCCCCCGCCGCCGCCGCCGAUCGUCUACAGGGGCGGAGAUCGAUUCUACCCGGGGGGCAGCAUUCAUCAUCAUCACGAUCAUCAUCAGACGGGCACGGCGGCGCCGACCCUGCCCCACGUGCCCCCGCCGGCCAUCUACCCCGUGCAUCCGCACCAGCCGCAGCAGCCGAUUCACAAUGGACCGCCGUCCUCGAUCACGCCGCCCAAGACAUCGACCGGCCAGAAGAAGAAGAACAGUACGUAUCGUGUCAUCACCGUCGCACCG